AUGUGGAAAGAGAAUUAUCCUUCGUCGCAUGCUUUAAAACAUUUGACGCCCAUCAACGAAUAUGUUGCGAGCGACUUGAACAACCGGAGCGGAACCAGGCUUGAGACGUUCGGAAUAUUUGUUUUUCCGUCCCAGCCAACCACCAGCCCCCAGGCACUCCUUUCAAGUCCGGGGACGCAACAAUGGAUCGAAUCCGAGGAACUCGAAGGCAACUUGCCUACACUAGACCGUGCACUACGCCUCUCGCUUAUCCAGCAGAAUCAAGCCGACGACGAACCCCAGCAUUGGUCACUCUUUGUCGCCCGCGAAAACGAACCCGGCCCAGUUUACCAAGUCAAAGGAGAUGCUGAAUGCAUGAGUUAUCAACCUUCACCCGGUCCAACCAACAUCCUCCAGUCGGCGUCUUUCUCAAAUGCAUACAACCUUGCCGUCGUCACGGACGCCCAGGCGCUCAUUGUAAAACAGGUGGCCGAGAACGAACCCCCUCCGAGAGCAGUAAAUCGACAGGCUGUUGUGGAAAAUUGUCAAGGCUGGACCAUCUGAGUGAUUGCUAAACUUGUGGCCAGAGGUAUUGUGGACAGUGCUAAGCUCGAGAUGGCUAGGUCCAUGGUCCAACCAAUCUGAGGACGCUGAUGGGAGAUCCCUAUUUCUAUUGUGGUGAUUCUGGGGUUUGUCUUCAUCCAUGGGGUUUGGGGUUGAUUGUUGUAUUGCAAGUAUCCGUGAGCCUUUUUUUCAGACACCAUGCAAUCAUCCCAUUAGUGUCUGGAGGGUGAAUCAAUGGCCGAUAUUGUCAGAUAUAGAGUACAAGAAAUGUGUGCCUCACUGUGGUCUUUUGGUAUCUGAUGACCUGGUCGAGGCACUCCGGGUUUAAAGGCCUCCAAUCGAACUCGGCGGCGAUCCAUAUAUUCAGUUCCGCCCGGCAUAUUAACUUGGCCAACAUUUAGCCAGCUACCUCUUUUCCAGAUCCCGGGAAUAUGAAAUAGAAAUACUCACUGUGCCUGUGCCAUCCUGAAACAAAAUCUGGCUAUCAUCUCACGAAUCUUAUAACUAUAAGACGCCUAACCACCAUAUAAAAAUUCUCUAAUUCCUGCCUGAUUCAAAGUAAGCGAUGACUUGUUAGCCAAAUUGGUCAAAGUGGGUGCUUCAAGCGGGCGCAUUCAGAGGGAGAGGUCCGGGCGUUUUCUCGAAAUACGGUUUGGGGAGAUUGUAUCCGAAUUGGGAUUUCCAAGUUCUGGAAAUGUGUGUGCCGGCGAGGAUAGAUAUAAUGAAGAAGAAAAGUAAAGUGAAAC